AUGUCGUCAGUCACGCGAUCCCAAACCUCUGCAGCGCCCUUCACUCUGACGGUAGCGUCCCGUCAGACGCGCAAGAACAAGGCCACCUCUUCAGCUUUUCCCCUCAUCAUUCAGCUCAACACCGACCAACCGACGCUCAAGCAGCUCAAAUCGGCCAUUCAUCAAAAGCAUGCCGGCUUGACUGCAGAGAGGCAGCGCAUCACUACAGAGGAGAAAAAGGCCUUGCUGGAUGAGGACAAACGCUUGACAGAGGCGGGUGUCCGCAACGGCGAUACGCUCUACGUCAAGGUGUGUCCAGGCUGCAUGCACAGAUGCCUCUGUUCAACGAGGUGUCGCUUGCUCAUCCUCCUCCUCCUCCUCCUCUCCCCCUAUCGCUCUGUCUGGUUGCAGGACAUUGGUCCACAAGUGGCCUGGCGAACAGUGUUCUUGGCAGAGGUGAGUCGCAGAGGGGCCUUCGCCUUCGCCUUCGCGAAGCAGAACCCGCAAUGACCUGCUCACCCGCACUCAUCUCCCUUGCAGUAUGGUGGUCCGCUGAUCAUCAAUCCUCUGCUCUACUUUGCGGCGCCUCGCAUUUGGGGAGCUUACGAGCCAUCCAGGAUGCAAGCGUGAGCAUACAUGGCGGGCGUGAGGAGCAGCAGCCUCUCGUGGCUCGUAUGUAUGCGCUGCGUUGACUUUUGUGCGGCCAUCUCUCCACAGCUUGUCCACAACCCUCGUCACUUUGCACUACCUCAAGCGAGAGUACGAGACAAUCUUUGUCCACAGGUUCUCAAACGCCACAAUGCCGAUCCUGAACCUCUUCAUGAACACUGCCUACUACUCGUUUCUUUCUGGAAUCUUUCUUAGUGGCAGCAUCAACAUUCCAGCAAAUUCUGCUGCCAAGCUCAAGGGAACUUUGCGCGAUUCGGAUGCUUGGUUGAUCGGAUGCACAGUCGCUUGGCUCGCCUUUGAGACCCUCAACUACUCUACGCACAUUGCUUUGCGCAACUUGCGACCGGCAGGAACGAGAGAGCGCAAGAUUCCUCGUGGGGGCUUGUUCGAGUACGUCAGCUGUCCCAACUACUUUUACGAGGUACGUCGUGCAUGGUCGGCUGGCGAGCUCAACGUCGCUGCGCAGAGAAUAGCCCGUGUAUGCCGCUCGCGCUCGCAUGUGAUCCAAGGCCGGUUUGAAGACGCUGCGCUGAAUACACAUCUUUUGCGGCCCCUUUUACGCAGAUUUUAGGCUGGGUCGCCAUCAGCGCCCUGACGUUGAGCCCAGCUGCAGCGCUCUUCUCAGUCGCGGGCGUCUUCAUCAUGACCAAUUGGGCCUUGGGCAAGCAUCGUGUGAGUUCUGAUGCGCGGCGAGACUGUGGCUAUUUUCGACUAAGAUACACCUCCCCGCGAAUUGCACAGAACUAUCGCAAAGAGUUCAAAGACUAUCCUCGCAAGCGCAAAGCUCUCUGGCCUUUCUUGGUGUAA